AUGAAGAAAUUUAAGCGAGCAUUCUCGUUUUCAGAAGCUAGUCGUGGACGGCACUUUGACAUUACUGAAACGAUUGACGAACAUUCUGAGCACUGUACUACAGAAGAUGGCAGUCAAAAUGGGCAUAAGAAUGGCGGUAAAUAUCCUCGCAAACUAACCGCCUUUAAUAAAUACGUGUUAAAUUUCUAGCUGAGCUACAAGCUAGAAAUUUAUAACGUACGACAGCCUCAGCAUAUAUAGUAAAUUGAAGUGAAUUCAAGUAGGCAUUUACAUAGAGCAGAUUUGUCAACACGUUUUGCUAAUUUUUAUUGCAUGCCCGUUCAGGACAAACCAUAAGAAAUCUGAGCUGUGUUUACGUUUUGUAGAGUUUCAAACAAUUUCUUGGCAGCUCGUUAAGAAAUUUGAAGCUUAAUAAUAGCUGUCUAUACAGUUCAUUUAUAUUUGCGAUCGUUGAUUAACAUAGAUUAGCCUUCAGACAACGGACAAAGAAUUGAAGACAAAAGCGCGUGAGAUUGAUUGAGCUUUUGCCGCAUUUGAACACGAAUGUGCAGAAAUUGCAAACAAUAUGCAUUUUGGGCAUUUGUUUGUACGAUGUUGUUUCAAGAUAUUUCAUGUUUUUAGCCAAAGCUUAUCAUUGCAUGCAGUGGAUUGUAUUGUAUUUGCGUAAACCCGAUCCCUGUUGUGUAAACCAUUUUGAUUUCCUGCUUCCCUAGUUCCCUGGCUUUAAAUAAUCACCAGAACAUAUCCGCAUUUACAGAUCCUUUUUCUGAAAUAUAUUAUACAACAUUUUUUUGCCAGCUGUGGAAGCCAUUAAAUGUGGGAAAUUUGAGAAAUUAGAACGCCAAUUUGUUACAAACUAUAUGCUAAUUUCCACAACCUAGUUUACUAUUAAUUCGAUGACUCCUUUGUAAACAUCACGAAAUCCUAUAUCGCAUAGAAACGGCACGAUUUUAUAUAAUUAACUACUUGCUUGAAAUAUCAGAUGACAAAGUAUUGAUUUCAGAAGCACAUUGAAGGCUCGCACUCGAUAACAUGAAAAAGUUUGUUUAUAAUUUCACCGUAAAUGGGGAGACCUCAUGUGUAUGCGGUUUCUAUUACAAGCCGAGCUGUGGAUAUUUUAAUUGCUUUGCAUGUUUGGGCUAAGAUCCAAGCUUAAUAAACAUUCUUCAAAUGGUUUUUGCAUAUUUUGUAAAAAUAGAUCGGAUUAUGUAAUCAGUAUUCUGCUGUUUAUCACUGCUGAUAUUGUUAGUCUGCCUAUAUUUGCUACCAUUACAAUGAUUUGCAUACUAUUACCAUAUAAAAACAUUGCUUAAACGAACAAAAAAUGUUGUUGACUAUUAUGGUAUUAUAUAUGAAAAAAGCAUGUAAACAUUUUGACAUAUUAUUGCAUUCACAUCACCGUACAUGGAAUGUACUGUAAUUAUGUAAUAUAUUGCACAGGAAUCCUUCUAAACACCAUUGUACUGUAAUCCAGUCACAUGAGAAAUUUUGCUGGUCUAUAGGGAAAUUUUGGCUAGUUCCUCAGGUAGAGGAGAACUGAUCACGUGAUCGGCUAGUUGUGUUGUUUGUUGCGUCAGAUAUAACCCAAUCCUUAACCCUAACCCCAACACUAGUCACCAUAACUAACUGAUGACGUAAUCUGUGAUGCAAAUUCUUCUACCCGAGGAAGUACCUGAAAUUUUGCUGGUUCUGGAGCAAAGUUUUCCUUGACAAGGGCUGAACGAGAGACGAGCCUACAGGAACCUACAUUUGAUAGAAUGUGGAAUCACACUUGUCCCCUACCUAGUUAUGUUAAGCCGGGUUCACAUAUACUUGUGGUAUGUUGGGGGUUGUCGUUAGCUGUUCAACCAAAUAAUUCACAAAAGAAUGUAUGCAUCAACAGCUGUAAACAAUGAUACUGCAGGCAUAUGUGAACCAGGCUUUUCUCUAAUGCCAGACAAUAUUAUCCCACCAAGGGGAUUAACAGCAUACUAUAUCAUUGGUCUAGGUUAUACAUGCAUGGUUCUUAAAUGUUCCAGACUGGGUAAUUUCAUGUACAAUAUUUUUUCCCAGGUUUUCAGCCAACGUAUUUGCAUGGAAAAUCUGAGGACAAUAUCCAUGCCUCGGCAGAUCAAGUUUCUCCGUCAUUCAGGACAAAAUUUCCUAGACAGCGGUCAAAAACGGUGAGCUGAAAAUAUUUUAAGUAAUCUACCAUCAUUUGCUUCUAAGAAUGAAUAGUCGCAGAUAAAAAUCAUGGGCGGAUUCACUGGGGGUUUAGGAGGGGGGGGGGGGGUUAAACUCCUCCUAGAAUCUCUCUAACCCCUCUGAUAAAGUGUUCAACCCUACCAAAAUUUCGCUUGACCCCUCCUAUUUUGUGUGAAAGGCUUUAACCCAAAUGCCUAACACCUGCCGAAGCUCACUGAGUGGUGCCACUUGCACCCCACCAGAAAUGAAAAUCCACCCUUGAUAAAAACAUUGUCUAUAUAUACUCAUGUGAAACUUAAGUACUGUAUGUUUACCAUAUUCAUAAUUUCCAGUCAGUAGCGUAGCCAGCCCGACGAUUUAGUCCCGCUAUGCAAAUAUUUUCGUGUUCAUUGACUGUGAAAACAAUCAAUUCCCAAAGAAAUGAAUAAUGAUAAUAAUUUUGAAUUUACAUAGCGGGACUAAAUUAUCAGGCUGACUACACCAGUGUUUCCAGUCCUCUAUUUGACCUGGUUUGAAACCCAACCACGGCAGGCACAAUUUUCUGCUUGCAAAGUUUGGACUCGUUCAUUCAAGAACAUUUAUACCUAUCCUAAGUCUGUACAUAUUGUAGCUGUUAAUCCAUCUGUCUAACACCAGACAAUUUUACUUGUCAAAGGGUGGGCACUAGUGCUCUUUGGGUUAAACAGUUGCCAUCCUUCUGGUGUUUCAUUUAUGACGAAUGCCUAACUUUUCCAUUUUCAGGAGGGCAGAGUGAAGCUAACGAAAAGGUUAUCACUACCGUCACUUGAUUUUUCAAGUGGAGUUUCACCAAAAUCAAAACAUAAAAAUAAAGUUGUCAGUCCUCCACUUCAAGAGAAAAUGUCAAGAACAGAAAGAAGAUUAUCACUGGCAAGUUUACAUACAAGUCUUCGUAGCAAUAUUUUAACCCUUAAUUGGUAGUGUGCAAACAUUACUCAUCAGGGAGAGAUCAAGUGUUGCCACUCAAUGGUUAAAACAACAUUAACUCAUUGAGCCACAAUGCGCCCCAGUGCACCCUACUUUUUUUACUUGUCUAAUGCCAGACGAUUUUAUUCAUCAAUGAGGAAGCUGUGCAGCUUAGUGCAUGGGUUAAAGUUAAUAAAGGUGCUUUAAUAUUACUUAUUUGUACCUUGAUCUCAAUGCUAACUGAACGUUUUUUCAUGCACUUCUUGUACGUUUUAGUCUGAAAUUGGAUUUGGGAAAAGUGAAACAUAUACGAAAUUGGACAAAUUAGGAGAGGUCUGUACACUUGAACACAAUUGUUUGUUUAAAUGUUCCUGAAAGAAUGUUCUUUCUAAUAUGCAGCACUCAAUUUCAUACAGUAAGUUAAUUUGUAAUUGUUUGAUCUUUUUAUUAGGGAACAUAUGCAACAGUCUUUAGAGGAAAAAGCAGGUACGCUAAGGUUGAUUUUUAACCCAUUACGUUGUAUUGCAUCCUAAUGUCCCCUACAGUACAUUAUUAUUAAUUUCACUCUGUUAAACACCAGACGAUUUUACUUGUCAAUGGGAGAGUGCUGGUGCUCAAUGAGUUAACAUGCAGCCUUCAAUUAAAGUUGUUAAAAAAUAUCUUUUUCUUGUACAUAACAUAGGCUUUCUGAAGUGAUUGUCGCAUUGAAAGAAAUUCGGCUGGAGCAUGAAGAGGGUGCCCCAUGUACUGCAAUAAGAGAAGGUAUGGCGAAAACAAAGCAUAAAUUGUGAAGGCAUGAGAUAACAAACUUAGAGAUUUAAUUUAUGCGCGCAGAGGCCACGGAAGCAUUUCGAAAGUGGAGGGGCAUUGGCCAAAAGGGGCACUUUUGUAUAUAUGACCAAAAUCAAAUGAUUUUAUGUCGUUCGUGAGAACAUUUUUGAAAAUAUGGAAUCUCUAUAACGUUGGAAAUGGCCUUUACAGAAUCGUUACUACUGCAAAAAGGGCACUUUCCAGCAAAAGAGAGCAUUCAUUGAAGAAAUACUUUUUUCAUUCUUUAAAUGGGGCACUUUAGCCCAGAAAAAAGGACACUUUUUUCACUUUUAAAAGAAGUGGGGGGGGGCACAUGCCUCCAUUCUCCCCGGUUCCGUGGCCCCUGUAUGUUCGUAGUAUUCUACAUCUACAUCAACCAGAAUCAAUCCCUAAUCAUCUACAACAAAUCAUUCUACAGUCUAUGGAGGUACUGAUAUUCUGUAAUUGUUUUCCUGCAUACUGCAGUUUUUUUUGGGCAUAGAGAUGUUACUUGUCCAUGACUGACUUUUUUCUUAAUACUUGUCUAGUUUCACUUCUGAAAGAUUUGAAGCAUGCAAACAUUGUAACACUUCAUGACACUGUACACACACCAAACGCUCUAACGUUGGUGUUUGAAUACUUGGUAAGAAUCUUCAAAUGCUUGGAAUGUUAUGAAAAGUGUAGUGCAAGGCUGUUUUCCAUUAACAAAAACAUGUGAGAAUUUAACAUGUGUAAUUAUAUUCUGUUCAUUCUUUGCCAGGAACGAGAUUUAAAAUCGUACAUGGAUGAUUGUGGUGGCAUUUUAAGUAUGACGAAUGUCAGAGUAAGUCUUUGUAAAUUUAAAUUUUAAGAUAUUUGUAACAUUCAAUCUUUCCAGGGUUCCCUUUCAUAACUGCUAUAUGUAUAUAUAUAGAGAGAGAGAGCAGGGGGGCAUGUUGAGGAGGAGUGGGAAUGUUGCCCCACACAACCUCUCUGCAGCUGUGUAUAUAUGUAACACUGCCCCAGUGUUCCAUAUUGUGUUCAAUUGUAUUCCUAAUAUAUGUUCAAAACCUUAGUCACUUUUUGUUUUUAGUUAUUUUUAUUUCAAUUACUUCGUGGUUUGGAUUACUGUCAUACUAGAAAAGUACUACACAGGUACAGUAGUUUUCAGUCGCAAACACUUCACGAAAUAUUGGAGACUGCAUUGCUAGGUGUAGGUAGCUACCACAUGACCGUAAAUGUCACACAAUAGACACUGUAGGGAGAAUUUAACCUUAUAUUUUCCAGGUAGUUGCAUCCCUAUGAACGAAAACUGGUUCAUUUGAUUGGCACUACCUACAGUACACUUGCCAAAGACAGUUUAAGUUUAAUCCAUAGUCUACACACGUAAAAAUCUCACCUCUUGUAACAAGUCUGCCAACAAGCCGUCAACAAGAUGUAUUCGCACUGCUUGUCACAAGUUGUCAACAGGUUUGGAACAACUUGUUGAUAACUUGUAACAACCUUGUCAAAAUUAUCAGACUUGUUGCAAGGUUGUUCUGACAAGUCCGUUACAUUCUUGAUAUAACAAGAUUGUUACAACCUUGUGUUAACAACCUUGUAACAUCCUUGUUAUUUCAUGGCUGUAACAAACUUGUUAGCACAGUCUUGUAACAAGGCUGAUAAUGCCAUCAAGCUUGUUACAAGUUGUUAACAGCUUGUUUCAAACUUGUUACAAGUUACAACAAACUGGGAACAAGCAAUGCGAACACAACUUGUUGACAGCUUGUGAACAGACUUGUGACAGCCUGUUUGCAGACUUGUUACAACUUGUGCAUUUUUACAUGUGUACCAUGCUUUCAUGGUUGAAAAAUAAUUGUCACAACUUUGUUACACAGUUAUUCAGCCGCCAAUGAAAGGUUUUCAUAAAUUAUUUGGUGGUGGCGGCAUUUGUCUGCGGCGUUGCCUCAUACUGCAUAUGUACUACUUGAUCAGUACAAAAUUAGUACAAUACAGUGCUCAGUAUUGUAAAAUACAUUUGGUUAAAUUCUAGUUCCUUUUUAACAGGGAUUUAAAACCUCAAAAUUUACUCAUUAAUGAAAAGGGAGAACUUAAAUUAGCUGAUUUUGGUGAGUAACGAUUUGAGUCCCAUACUCCCAUUGUGCUGCAGUUAUGCUAAUAGCGACCACAGAGUAGAGACAUACAGAGACGUAACUAGUGUACCCACUUUUUUUGUGCGCAUGCUCGACAAGUUACUAGAUGCAUGCAUCUGAUUGGAUGACGACCUGAUGACGACUCACUUUAAACUUGCUGACCACGCGCAGUUGAUCAUUUUUCGCCCGGUCGCCUGAAAAAAAGUGGGUACAUGAUAAUGUAAUCUUCCGCAGUGUUUACAACGGUCAGUUACGUCUCUGUAUGUCUCUACUCUGUGUAGCGACGUUCAUAUUUUGAUCUCCACUACCACUAACCAAUCAGAUGCAUUUAAUCAAGUCGAUUAUCCAAUCAAAUGCGUAAUAAACAUGUGUGAGGUAACGGUAGUGGAAGUCAAAUCUGAACCUCUCUCUUUCAAGACAGGGACCAAUAAAUGAACGAGUGAUCUAUGAAUUUUUUAGGUCUUGCGAGAGCGAAGUCAGUCCCGACAAAAACGUAUUCGAAUGAGGUUGUUACGUUAUGGUAAGUUAAGCGCAGAUCAAACAAUGAUGUCAUGAUGAGAGUGUAUGAGAGUUGGCAGCCAUGCGAGUCCUCAACCUCGUUCCCAGGCUCUUUCCUGGGAACGAGGUUGGCGAGUCCCUUGGUUAGCUGCAGUCCUGGAAAAUGUCCGGCAACGCUGCCAGGAAAUUUUUCACAAGAUAUUUUCGCAGGAAAGUUUCUUACAUGUUGCACAAAAUUUUUGUCAUAUAUACUGGAAUAUCAUAUAAUUUACUUACUGUUUAAAAAUUCCCAAAGCAUUUUGCAAGUCGAGAUUGUCUUGCGCCGGGAUUGACGUUUAUCAUAAUGUGCGCCGCCAUACAUUAUCUGAAAUCUACACAUACAGGAAAUUCUAUAUUUGAUUCUAUAUUUUGCUGUCAGGAAGAGAAAUAUAGUUUCUAGGCCUGCUUAAUAGCUGUUCUUCAUGCUUUCCCAACACUAUCAUGUAUUCUAUUUAAAACAUAGUUGGAACAUUCGUCAAACCUUAGUUAAUCUAUACAGUACUGUACUCUGUAGAACUUAAAAUGUCCCUGUAUAACAAUGCGUGACCGCCAACUCUCAUCAAUGUCAUCCUUGUUUGGUUUGACCGAGGCUUUAUGCAUACUGACAUUUGAGUGAGAAUAAUCUUGAAGAUGAUGUUUGUGAUGUUACUCUGAGUGUGCAUCCACACCGGGCAAGCUGAAAAGUUAGCUUGGCCACGGUGGGAAUCGAAUCCGCGACCACAUCAACUCGAACCGACUUGACCAUGUAGCUCAGUUGGCAGAGCAUUGGACUAGUAUCCCAAAGGUCGCGGGUUCUAUUCCCACCGUGGCCAAGCUAACUUUUCAGCUUGCCCGGUGUGGAUGCACACUCAGAGUAACAUCACAAACAUCAUAUUCACCUGAGUACAUAACACCAACAGGCAACACGCACAAAUAGACAAAUUUUGAAGAGGUUUGUGAUGUUACUCUGAGUGUAUAUCCACAUCAUAUUCACCUGACUACAUAACACCAACACAGAAAAAUCAAUCUUGAGGAUGUCUGUUAAAAAUUGGCGCUUAUUAUUUGCAGGUAUCGACCUCCAGAUGUUUUAUUAGGAUCAACUGUAUAUAAUAUGUCUAUUGAUAUGUGGUGAGUUUGUUUCCAUGCUUUUAUAUAUGUCUUGUAAUUAAAAUUGAAGCUAAAGUAGCAUAGAUCGUUAUUCGCGUUCGUUCUAUAACUCCCUGUCAAGCUUCGAUGCAUGAGCUUGUGGUUAGAGAACAGCUGUGUCUAGCUAAAAUAUAUUUUUCUUGAUGGAGGACUCCAGCUGUAGACGAAAUUUUGAUCUCGACAAGAAGAACGAAUCCAUUACCACAGCUGGAAAGAGCAUCUUAAAAUGAGUAAAAUUGCAAAGUUUGGUUGCGAAUUGUUGUAAAAUGAGGAAAAUAUAGCCCUGUGAAGUUCGCAAAUUUUGUAUUUGCAGUACACGCGUGAAAAAUAACCAUUUUUGAGCCGAAAGUGGUUAUUUUUACCGCGCGUAAUGCAAAUACAUACAAAAUUUGCGAACUUCACAGGGCUACAUAUUUUCUUUAUUUUACAACAUUUAGCAACCAAUCUUUGCAGUUUUACUCAUUCUAAGACGCUCUUUCUAGCUGUGGUGUUGGAUUUCGUUCUUCUUGCCUUGAUCAAAAUUUAGUCUAAAGCUGGAAUCACCCAUUAUGUUUUUUUCUCCUCCCAGGGGUGUAGGAUGUAUAUUUUUUGAAAUGGCCACUGGCAGGCCUAUGUUCCCCGGAGGAACUGUAGAUGAACAGCUACAUCUUAUUUUUAAAGUGAGUACAUUUGGAUCGAUGUCGUUUAAACAGUAUUCGAAUUCGCUUACUCAGCCAUUACGAACACUUUUUAGCUUUUAGGAUGUCCAAACGAAAAGGUUUGGCCAGGAAUACUUAAUAAUCCCAAUUUUAAAGAAGGUAUGACUCAGCUCUUUCCUUUCUUCUGUAGUAAACAAGACUGGACCAAGGGAUGAUCCUUACUGGAUCUCUAGGAAGAACAGUUUAGAACUGAUAGAACUAUCCAGUAUAAAUAAAGUUAGUUUAGUUUAGGUUUCCUCCUGUAGUAACACUGGAUCAAUAAAAGAUUAUCCUUAUACUGGACCUCUAGGAAGAACAGUUUAGAACUGAUAGAACUAUCCAGUAUAAAUAAAGUUCGUUUAGGUUUCCUCCUGUAGUAACACUGGAUCAACAAGAGAUGAUCCUUACUGGACCUCUAGGGAGAACAGUUUAGAACUGAUAGAGCUUUCCAGUAUAAAUAAAGUUAGUUUAGUUUCGGUUUCCUUCUGUAGUAACACUGGAUCAAAAAGAGACUGCUUUACUGGACCUCUAGGAAAGCAGUUUAGAACAGAACACGUCCUAAUGCCAUUUGUUUAUUUUAUUCAGGAAAUUUCCCGAAUUUUCCAGCACAACCUUUAAUAAAUAACGCACCAAGGUAAUUUUGAAAAAUCCGUAAAAUUAUGUUUUCAUCUCAAAAGGUCGAUUCCAUAUUUACAAAUAAAUCAUACUUUUCUAGACUUGAUGGCGAUGGUUUAAAUCUACUCUCAGGAUUUUUAGAUGUAAGUAAAAGAGGAGCAAGUAAAUACUAAAUUACCUAAAUGUUAAUAUUGCUAUUUUCAUUUUUAGUAUGUCGCAACUGAUAGAAAAUCCGCGGCAACUGCGAUGAAACAUCCCUAUUUUAAAUCAUUAGGACCGGGAAUAGAACAUUUAAAAGAUGGUAUGUCAUCUUCUCCUGUUCAGUGCACAUGGAGAGCAUUUCUCAAAAUAAUCUCAUGUGUUAAAGCCUCCUAUGGCAGAGACCUUUGUGAUUCGUAUUUCGCUUUUCUAACAUAUUCUACCUUGAUGUAGAUCAAUCAAUAUUCACGUUGGAGGGCAUUAAACUUGCAAAGGAUCCUGGGAAUGGAAGUAUGCGUCGAUCAAUAGGAAUGGGUAAGAGACACAUAUUUGGCAGUGGCGGGUACAUCGCGAAAUAUUGGGAGUGGGGCGAAUUAGGUUCCCCACACCACCGGCUUUUUACCUUCAAUUUCAUGCAAUGUAUAGCUCAUUAACAGGAAUAAAUAUCACUUCUUGUUUCAAAAGAAAAUUGAAAAAAUAUUUGAUUGAAAACAAUGAGUGCAUGUACAAUUCAAUAGGAGCUUCAUUUAUAAGAGACUGGUCAUAAAGUAACUGCUAGGGUGGGCUGGAGGUAAAUCACAAAUUUUGCCAAUAAGUUUGGUGACCCAUCUUAGGAUGAAGAUAAAAAUUUCAAAGCCCAUCUAAUCUUACAAAAAAAAUUUCAUGACCCACCCAAUUUAAAUUGGGAAAAUACACUUUUAUAAUAAAAAAAAACUUGCAGGUAUGAACAUUGUAAAUAUACACCGGCACUGUAUUGACACACAUAAUUCCACCAAGCUUGACCAACACAUUCAUCACCAAUUACGAUACUGAGCUGCUCUCCAGUUGGUUGUAUUUGCUGUGAUUCGACCACUUCUUGUUGUUGUAUAAACAAAGUACUGGCUUCAAUACCGUCAUUUGCAUUUGAUAAUUUGGAUAGCUUUGUUUACUUUUAUUAUUAAUAUCUUUAUUUUUUGAAGUAGACAUGCAUGGGUUUUUGUUUGGUGGCCCAACCGUGGACAUACAAGAAAAUUGGCGGCCCAUCGAAACUCUCCAAAGAUUUUCCAUGACCCAUUCCAAAUCACUCCAGCCCACCCUAGCAGUUACUUUACGACCGGUCCCUAAACAACAAAACAAAACAAAUUUUUUUUUUUUGAAAAAAACCUAACUUUGUUCUGAAUAACAAUGAGAUGGCCUCGGAAUAGCAAUGAGAUGGCCUCCUAAUACAAGUCUUUGACUUCGCCACUUUCAAUUUGACAUACUACAUAUUACAAUAAUCAAUGUAAAUAACUGAAAAUAAAUAACUGGUAAAUAAAUUGAAUUGAAUUAAUUUAUAGCCUUACCAAUGCUUUCAUGGUUGCAGCUUUGGUUACAUUUAGCUAUCAUUGAAAGGCUUUCAGAAAUUAUGGGGGGGGGGUGAUUGCCCCUUCCCUAGUGUCCUCCACCGAUCUUUGGUUUACACUCUAUGAUCCUAGCUUGUUCGGUUUUACUUUCACCUCAGUCCCAUCUGAGAAGAAUGCUUCCAGUCUCGAUCUGCUUUCCUCCUGUAGUAAUUUAAUUAUAUUCAAGUACAUGCAGCUUCUGUAAGAUUGAAGGAAAUUUAUAUUUAGGUAAAAGACGACAAAGUAUGUUGUUCUAAGGUGGUGUUGUAAAUGAAAAUGAACCCAUGAUCAAUUCAGGGAAGUAUGCGAUACUCGACUCUAAGUAGAAUUUUUAAAAUGAAUAUAGAUGUCUAUAAAAUAUGCACAUGGUUUUAAACGGAAGAGCUUAUAAAAUCGUCUGGUGCUGUCCAGAGAAAGCCAUACUUUUUUUGAUAGAAAUAAUUGUUAAUGAACAGUAGAAACUUCGCAAAGAUAAUUGACAAUGAAUGCACAUUAACACUUGAAUGACAUGCGUGCUAAACUUGGUGUAUAUUGUACAUAAAAAUAUAGAUAUAUAGUUAUACACUUAUGGUGUCCAAAUAUGGAACACUUAAUUAAUAUUUUAUAUGGAAAAACUUGUUCUAAUUGCAAUAAUGAGUUUUAUGUAUAACUAGUGGAAUAUGAUUUUCAGUAAAUUGCCUGAAUGUAUAGACGAUGAUGUCUCAUAUCAGACAUUGGUCGUUUAUAUUUAAUCAGAGUAAUGGAUAAUUUAUGGCACUUUCUCGAUAUCUCCGCAACCGAAAUCUGUUAUAUAUUAUACAAAUAAUGAAUGUUUAUGAGUGCAAUGGUAAGAAUAUUUUCAUGAGGUGAAAGAUGGAAUGUUCCAUUCAACGAGGCGACAGCCGAGUUGAAUGGAACAUUCCAUCUUUCACCGAAUGAAAAUAUUCUUACCAUUGCACGAAGAAAUAUUCAUUAUUUGUUUUAUAUAAUACCAAAAUAGAGUAAUAGAUUCGUAUGAGAAGCAUUUUGAGGGAUGCGAUUUAUCGAAAACACAAAGAGUGCAAUUGUACUAUUACGUUUUAUUCCAUUGCACUCGCAGAGAGUGCAAUGGAACGUAUUUCAUUGCACUCUUGGGAAAUGGAAUUUUCUAUUCAAUAUCACGUGACCAUAAACAGCCAAUUAAACGAUCAGAAUUCAAUAAGGUGUUAUAUAAAAAUUAAUAUACACCGUUAUUCCAUGUGACUGAUUAUGUAAGCAAACGUAAUACGAAACACGACACUUCCGUUAUGUCCGCAUUCACGUCAAAUUCUUGGAAUGACUUGGAAUUCAACAAUCAACAUCGACCCUUUGCGCGUGUCGCUGGAAGCAUCUGAAAUUGGCCUUCAAUCAAUUCCUUUACUGGAUGAACUGAAAGUGAAACUUUGUAGAGGUAAAUGAUUAACAUAGUGUGUGAUCUUUAGUCACAAACUUAGAAAAUAAAAGUUGAUAAAAGUUGCAACUCUCGCUUGCGUUUGAGCGACAACUCUUAUCAACUGUCAUGCACUCCCGUUAAGAUGACAACUCUCGUCAAAUUUCAGCUGGGUCAAAUUUCAAUAAUAUCUAGUCAACCUUCAUCAAAUUUCGUGCAGCUUUUGUUCUCGUUUGACGAGGCACAAGAGUUGAGGGAACUGUCAAGCAAACUCUCGUUUGUGGACCUCUUGUCACCAGGGCCUCGAAAUCUUCACUAUCGUAUAGGAAUUGAUGGUAUAGGAGUGGAUGCUAAAGUGAAAAAGGUAUAUUGAAGCAAAUAGAAUAGCUUGUGGUUUAGGGCUUGUGCGUAUGUGUGAUUUUGGACUCUUGGUUACGGAGACAUCUGACGUAUGCCGAGCAGUACGACUGUUUACUGUGGCUCAAAUAUCAGACUGGAAUCAUUCAGUCGCUAAAAUUGUGUUUAUUUCAUGUGUAGAGCACAGAAAGUCAGUUUAAAAAGAGAUUAUGAUAUAUUUUUAUCGAACAUAUGAAGAGAAUCUCAUUAACAACAUUUGAGUUGCUUUCAACAUUGUUUAAGUUUUCUAUGUACAUAAUGUGACCACGUGUUAACUGUGUCAAUAACGCAUUAAAACCCGGAUCAAACAAUGAUGAGAGUUGCAGUUGUGAAAAAGUCACGCGACUUUGGUUAGCUGUUCUUAAUGCUUUCCCAACACUAUCAUGGUUUUAUUUAAGUUAAAACAUAGUUGGAACAUUCAUCAAACCUUUAUUUUGUUAAUCUAGAGCUUGAAAUGUUCCCUGUAAAAAUUUGUGACUGCGAACUCUCAUCACCUCUCCAGGGCUUAAAAAAUGCCCGACAUCUCGGUAUGAAUAUUCACGAGUUUGGUUGCAUGAUCAACUUACCUGAGAACUUGGAUGUUUUGAGCAAAGACCACUAACUUGCUACUUCAAGACGAAGAGCCUUCGUUUAAAACAUCAAAGUUCUCUUUAUAUUCUUAAGUAUAGUUAAAACCAAGCUCAUGAAUACCCAACAAUCAAGACAAUUUUAACCGCAGCACCGCGUCAGUUCUAACUGGAGUGGAAUACUCGUUGCCUUUCAAACUCCGGGCAACUAAACUUUCCAAGUUCACUAAUGCUGUAUAGGUCAUUCAACCUACACGUUUUGAACGUUCUUUCUAGAAUCCUUUAUCCCACCCACUUCAUGUUGUAUUUUUGGCCAUAUUUGUUUAACCAUGUAUAGAAUAUAUCUUAAUUAUCUUUGUGCAACUUCCGCGAUGUUCACAAUUCGCCAAGCGACGCACUGAAACACUUCUAACAAUAUAAAGAGACAAAGGAUUGAGUUCCUGUAUGUCAAAACACUUUUAGAUUGCCUUGGAAUACAACUGCUAUACAUGUAGGAGAACGCAUUCAUCAAAACGCCUCCGAAUUCGCUUGGCUGAGAAUAAGCACUUGCAGACGUCCAUCACAGCACUUUCAAAUCAUCUUGGUGGAGCGACAACACUGUAUUAUAGCUGAAAGUUGAGUGAACUCUGUCAAAGUUUUUUCAAAAGGUGAGAAGUUUGACAAAACGAAAGUGUCUCUGAAGAACCGAAGAAUCUCUAUAUCAAAGCAUCUUCAAAUCGUGCUAACAGAAGAAGAUGAAAGCGAAGAAAGUUUAUCAGAUUUGUCUGGUGCUUUGUGGUUUAUUCCUGUCGCUCAGUGGCAUAGCAUGUCUAGUCGUCGCUACCUUACUCAAUCACGAUUCUGACUUGAAAGCGAGCCUAGAGUCAAAGGCUCGCACGUAUGGCACUCAAUAUUGGCUUGGCAUGCCGGUGAGUGGCUCAAUUGGCAUGAGAUUUUGAAGCUGGCAUGAGAUUUUGAAUCAAACGAGCAUGAGAGUUGACGAGAGUCACGACUGAGGCUUCCAACUCUCGCUUGACGCCACCUUUCAUCGACUCUCAGCAACUCUCAUCGAGCUGGUUCAAAUUCGAUGAGAGUUUAUUUCUCAUGAGCGGUAUUUGCUUACAUUUUCAUGUCGUGCAGUUUUGAAACAUAGUGAUUCGCGUUAGGACUUAGGACCAUCGGGUGAUUACUAUAUUUUCGUGUCUGCUAUAUGUUUUCGUGACUGCGUGACAUGAAAAUAUAACCAAAUGUUUUGCUCGAUUGACCGUUAACUCUGAUCACUCUCAUGUAACUCUUAUUUUCGUUUCACUGGGGCAUGAGAAUUGAGGAAACUCUCGUGCAAACUCUCGCUUCUCAACUCUCGUAACCAGAGCUGAGAAGACAUACUGUGUUGGGCGAAAGGAAGCAACAUCCUGAAGACCCUUUGUCUGGAAAUUAGGUCGGUCAGUAUAGCUAGCAAAUGAAGGCGAAUAUUGUUUUCAACCCUGCCUCCACUGAAACCCACACUUAAUUACGAUUUUAUACUGUAUUCUCUGUUACACAUAUUGAGUGUCCAGUAUUGGACUUGUUUAAGAUCUUGUAUUUCAGAUGUGAAUUAUACAAUAAAUCAUGACGCAAUGUUAUCAUCUUGAUCUUUUUGAAUGGAAACAAUCGAGGAAACAAUAAUCUCUUUAUCAUGCAGGCAUUAAAAAUGAAGAUAAAUUAUAUUCAAGUCACGUCUUAGCUUAUACAAAUUGAAAGUUUUAUAUAUCUGAACUAUUAUAUAUCUUCUUUUAACAUUGAAAAUAUCAUCUAAACCUAUCCAUCAAAACGUUUUCAUUCUCAAAGAAAAUUACUUUUGGAUGUUUUGGCUAAUGUCUGAUGAUUACUCAUUUGGCUUAGAGGAAUUUGAUAAACUCCACACUGUCCUCGUUUUUGUUGUGACAAUACAUGAAAGAGAUAAGAAUUAAGAAAUGUAUCUGAACUUGAUCUCUUUCACUCUUUCAGACAGUUACGAAAAUGUCAAAACCGAAAACAGUUCGUUUGUUUUGACUCGGCAAUUUUUAUGAUUCAUUUUCCAUUUCAACUAAUUGUCGAGGUAACUAACCCAAGAUAUAAAUAUUUGUGUAGUUUCAAAUCACAGCUUCCGAUUUAAGGAUAGAAACCUCAUCCCCAAAUACAGUAGUCAAAAAUAAACUUUGCUUGUGGUUAAAUUAACAUUUUGAUUCACCCUUUGUUAUUUGAUAUUUUUCAAUAUAGAUAAUAUUUUUUGGCGGACUAAUGAUGCUAAUUUCUCCUUCAUUGCACAAGAGGAAAAAAAUGGUAACUAUAAAAUAUACUAUUAUUUUAUCUUAAGCCAAUUAAACAACAACUUUAGUUUUCUCUUUGAAAGAAUCUUAGUAUGGUGAUCCUUUCAGCUUUUUUGUUUAAAACGGCUAUUACGUAUAAUUCAUAGUAUAAUUGAAGAUUCAAGAUUAUGAUUGUAGCCGUACAACAAUGUCAAUGACCUAACACUACUUCACGUUCAAGUCGCGUACCUCAAAUUUUCGUAAAAUGCACGCGUUCCAUUUAGAUCUGCUUUAUUUUUUUUGUCACGUGAUGCUUUCAUACUCUUAGUAUAAAAGCCCGUGCAUUUUCCCCGAUCCCUGCUACUAACUCUUGACGAAGGGCCUUCGCUCGAAACGUCGAGUUUCUGCUUAUUUUUUAAGGUAGUAAUAUAACCACUCAGCACAGCAUUUUCACUUGUAUAGUCAACCCUUUGAGUUGUUUUUGUUUAAUCUUUAAUUAAAAUUCUUUAUACAGGCGGUAGCCUUUCAGUAUAAUAUUUACAGUCUGAUUUUCAAAGGGCCGUGUUUUUAUUCAAUAUUAAAAAAACACCACACAAAAUAAUAAACUGUAUACAAAUUACGCUCGUUAAAUAUUUUCAUAUGAUUUCAUGAAAAAGGUAUUGUCAUAAGCGCCGUUUGAAUGUAGAUACGGAUAGAUUAUAAAAAUUCUCCGAUAUUUCGCCAGGUAACUCGUGUCCCACCCUUGUGCCGCUCUAUAAGAGAAACUUUUUUUAUGCAAGUAGUUGUUAAUGUAAAAGAGGGUGUUGAUAGGGUAUAUCGUGAGCCGUGAUUCACUCAAUUUCGGUUACCAUCAGUCGUGAAAACACUAAAAAUUUACCGUGAGGAAAAAAAUAGUGUUAAUCGUUUCAGAACACUUUUCAAAGAUUUAGCGUUAAAAUACCAUAAUUUUUACUGUUUACUGAUUUUCAGACCCCCAUCUAGACCAUCGCAAAGACGUUGUGAAAACUAAAAAUAAUUUCUGUUUAUUUUUCAGGCUGCAUAUGGUCUAUUUCUGUGCAUCCCACUUCUCACGUGUGCUCUGGUUGGUUCUAUCUUACAUGGCACAGCUUACACUCAUUUUGUCUCCAUACACCAGAGACGCUUGUUCUUCGAGAAUCGUUUCUACAUAUGUUCAGAUGUUACUAAAGAUUCUACUACUCAAUGCCAGUGUACCAAACUUAGGAGCGCGAAUGAUAAUGUCCUUCUUCCAGUGCCAUGUGCUCAACAGAAAUCUUUAGUUGGUUUUCAUGGAACCUUGCUGACGUUCUCUGCCAUGGCGUUCGCAUUAUUGCUUGGAAUUCUUAUAAUCUGUGUCAUUUUUUUGCUGCACUUUUUUAAAAUCCAGGUAACCAAAUUGUUUUUCUUGUUCGUAUUUUUGGUGUGAUAUAGUGGGACAGUAUUGCGGCCCUGCGAUAGAACUAUGCAGUAGAAAUAAAAUAAUUUUGUUCUUCUGAUUUCUAGCUUCCACUGAAUACUAGCAGAUCAGGACACGACAAUGAAGGAUUCUCUCAUGCCGGGGGUCGCAGUCACAGCAUUGGUGUACACAUUGAUGCACCGUUAUCCCAACAUCCAUCUCGAGCAACCGUAAAUGACCCUCUUGAUCGUCCACCUUCGUACGAAUCAUUGUCAUUUGAUAUGAUGUCACACGGUAUGACGUCACAUGCUAAUGCGUCACGUGUGACAUAUGACGUUACUGAAAGGAAUAUGGCAGCGACGGUGAAUGGACAAGCUAGGGUGAGGUAUAGAGGAGAAUCGAGUUCAAGGUUCGUUAAUCAAAGUCCAGGCGGAGCAGAAUCAGGAGAGAGUUCACCGAAUGAGGUGUCGAGUUCUAUAAACGAGCUUGAAAAUGUUGAAGCACAAAUGGCAGUGGUUGAUGGCACAGCUCAGAGGACACAAGGUGAACCAAUUCUUCUUCAAAUAAGCCAAGUUAGACAAAGACCUCAUGAAGUAAACAGUACAACUCGGCCAGGAUACACGUCCAAUGAAUUGGACCGCAUGACGCAUCAAGACAUUGAAGCAAGACCUGAGCAAGCUACUUCAAAUGAUAUAAACGAGCCGAGAUCUGAGCAAAAUACGGAACCCGGCAUUGACAUAAGAUCCGGGCGAACCCAUUCACCUUCACGCGAAACGAUUCCCCAUGGAGGAAACAAUUCUCCAGGCCGAAGUUCAAGUUUUAGAAAUUCCAAUCCUACUGAGAUUAACAUGCGCGUGAUACGACAUUCUUCACUCAGAACUCCCCAUCCUUCCUCCAUCGAUCAUUCAAGCGACAUACAGGUCGCUGCCUACGAGGAAAGAAGCAACCCUACAGGCCAAAGUGUUAGAAAUCCUCUUUCCUCUUCUAUGGAGCAUGCACCUUUGGAGCGAACGGUUUCUGAUAAUUCUGAAGAUGGUGUAUAUAUUGAUAUCACUCAAUCUUCAGCCCAGAACUCAAGCUCCGUCUCUGGUAGUGAUCCUGCACGAAUCGCUGCGAGGUAUAGGGGGCAGGUGGACUCUAGUCAGACACGCUCACGUAUCACACGCGAACAAGAAGAUACUUCAGAUGAAAAUAUAGAUCUUCAAGAGAGGACAACUGAUGAAGAAGAGCAUAGUUCUUCAAAUGCAAUCAUUUCUGCUGUAUUGACAGAACAAACCACAGACUCAUUAAACAAUGAUAGAGAUGAGGCAGCUAGCACAGACACAGACGAUUCUCCUGAAGAUGAGAUUCACAAUGAGACUCCAUCUCAGCAAGAUGGUCAAUCUAUAUCAUCUGAACGUGAUAAUAUAAAUCUUCAUAAUUCAGAUACAGUCUCGGUAAGCAGUCUUGAAAUAAUGUCUAUUUAA